AUGAGUUCCUUCAUUGUUGAAAUGAGUCCGUUGGCAUUUGCCAUAGUGAAUGUGCCUGUUUCUGUCACCACAUCCCUGAUGAACAUGUUUUUUGUCUACUGCAUGUUUUCUUCGGACGGAUCAGAAAAGGGCCUAAAGCCUCCUCUGAAUGUCUUGGUCGGAUCUCUUAUUGGGUGCAACCUGCUUCUGAACAUCUGUAAUCUUGUGUUUGUGAUCUAUAAAACCGUGUACGUGCCUUUAUGGGCAUACAUUGCUUCAUGUGCCCUUAUUCUGUAUGCCAUGAGGACCAGUUUCACUGCCUCUCUCGGCCUCAAUGUGAUUUAUUACUUUCAGAUUGUUCCUGCCCGGCACCCUUGUUUGAUCUGGGUGAAGACGCACAUCAAACUCUUCAUGUAUUGCAUGUUGGUCUUUGACAGAAUCUUCUUUUCAUUUGGAUUUAUUUUACAAGUUGUCCCAGGAAGAGUUUUUAUUUCUGCGGCGGACUAUAAUUCAUCGAGCAUCUUGACCAGUAGAGGUCUAAUACUGCGGUAUUAUCUGACACUGACAGACUUCUGGCUUAGAUGUUGCUAUUGUUUCAUUUGUCUCGGCAUUAUGGUGGCAUCCAACACCUCCACGGCUCUCUACCUAUGGAAGCAUGUGAAGAGCAUGGAGAACUCUAGUUCUUUGACUGCUCUUCAUUACCGGAAGCAGAAGAGAGUGACUGUACUGAGCAUUAUCCAAACAGUGCUUUUCUUUGUCUCCUCAGGCUGGCUGAUAACAGAUGAACUCAUGUUUCGCUUUAAUAUCAAUUUUAAUCCAACUGGUCAUGUGCUGUUUUCUAUUGUGGCAUUUUAUGCUUUUGGUACAUCCAUCAUUUUAGGUGUUGGUCAGUCAAAAUUUAGGCUUCGGGCUGUAGAUAUAGUGAAAAAAAUCGGUCGAAUAGUCUUACGGAGUAACCUGAAUGUGGGUGAUGGAAACGUAAACUUUCGUCUCGGUGAUACCGGAAAGGGUUAA